AUGUCUGUUAACGUCGAAGGUUUCGAAUCGGGUCCUUUCUUUGAAUUGUUGCAAGGUGCUCUCGUCGACGAGCCCACCAAGAAGCAAGCGAUCAAGGGGGUCAAGGCCGUCAUUGUCCUUACGUUGAAGAACAAGGACGGCAAGACCCAGUCGUGGGUGUUGGACUUGAAGAACGACGGCACCGUCGCCACCGCCGACAAGGUGCCCAAGUCGGACGUCCAGUUGAUCUUGGCCGACGAGGACUUUGUCAAGUUGGCCAACGGCGAGGCCAACGGGCAGAAGUUGUUCAUGAACGGUAAGCUCAAGUUGAAGGGGAACAUGAUGAAGGCCACCGCCAUUGAAGGGGUGUUCAAGAAGUUGGACCCCAGAUCUAAGUUGUAA